AUGCCUGGACUCCCGACCAUUCCGCUCCCUCUUGCCGCACUACCCCAUGGCUUCCAACCCGGAGUACAAGCUCUCACUGACGCCUCCAACACCACCGCAUUCGACACCGGACUUGAUAUCCGAGACAUAUUCCUAGGAAUCCAGCGCUGCGUAGUCUGCGGAAGCAGAAUGGCAUUGCAUCACGCCCAUAUCAUCCCCAAGGUCGAAAGUGACACUUGGGCAGAGCUCGACGAGCACGAAUGGCUCCCUGAAAACGCAAAAAUCUCGGUCAAGCAUGAGCAGCGCAACGGCCUCAUGUUAUGCGCAACCCACCACAUCGCCUUCGACAGCCAUCAGUUCUUCAUCCGCUUCGUCCCUGGUCCUGACGGCGAUAUGCAGCGCGCUCGCUUCGUCUUCAUAAACUAUGCUGAGUUCAUCGAGUUCGUGCAUCUGCACUACAAGGCGAUCGCCCUGGACCCCCAAGACCGGUACUCCCCUAUCCCUAGCCUCUUCGUCAUCCAGGAAUGGCGUGUCCGUGGCCGCUACCCAUUCCGCAACACCACCCCAGACUGCCCGGACGACAUCAAGUGGGCAGACUGGAUCUCGUCCACUGGUAUCUUGCGCACGGACGGUGGGCCAGGUCAUUUCGCUCGCCCCAGUCCGCCACGUCCCACUCGCCGUACCCCGGCGCGCACAGCGCAGCUGCCUGCGCCCAUGGCCUCAGGCUCGGGCGGAAUGUCCGAGUCCUCAACGAGCCGUCCUCUCCCCCACAUCAACGACGCGAUCGCGGACAUCCUGGCAGCUCAGCGCAAGAUGCCUACGUGGCGUGCGUGCACGCUCGAGAACACGAGCUGGGAUGGAACGGCGGAUGAGAACAUCGAGAAGUAUGUCGCGACUGUAGGCCUUGAACACUCCGGCGCCCGUUAG